CUUCCACCCUCCUCCUCCUCCUCCUUGUCUUCGCCUCCGGGCAACUCUUCUCGGCGAAACCCACCCAAGCAGUAGUAGGAGCAGCGGCAACCGCAGCAGCAAUAGCGGGCAGGGACAAACCCCACGCAAAGCGAGCCCACCCUCCCCCUCCCCCACCACACACAUAGAGGGAGGGGGAAGAAGGAGGGAGGGAGGGAAGGAAGGAAAGAGGGAGGGAGAAGGGAGGGAGGGGGAGAGAGGGAACGAGGCAAGGAGAAGGAGGGAGGGUUACCGAGGAGGGUGUUUUCCUUUUCUCCCCCCCCCCUUUUUGGAUUGCUCUCUCUCCCUCUGUCGUCGCUUGUUGUGGCUGUUAAAUUUUAAACUGCCAUGCACUCUGCUUCCAGUAUGCUAGGAGUCGUGAAAAUGGAAGGACACGAGCACACAGAGUGGAGCAACUACUACGGCGAGCCGGAGGGUUACUCCACCAUGAACGCGGGGCUGGGCAUGAACAGCUACAUGAGCAUGCCAGCCAUGGGCACGGCGGGCAACAUGACGACGGUGGCGUCCGGCGGCUCCAUGGGCAUGUCUUACGCGGCCGGCCCGGCGGGCAUGAACCUCUCUCCGGGCGCGGGGGCCAUGGCCAGCAUGGCGGCGCACCUGAGCCCCAGCCUGAGCCCGCUGGGCGCGCAGGCCGGCUCGAUGGGGGGCGCGCUGGGCGCUUACUCGGCGCUGAGUCCCGUCGGGGCUGGCGGCAGCGGCGCGUACGGGCAAGCGGCGGGCCUGGGCCGAUCCCGCGACGCCAAGAGCUAUCGCCGGAGCUACACGCACGCCAAGCCGCCUUACUCGUACAUCUCCCUCAUCACCAUGGCCAUCCAGCAGUCGCCCAACAAGAUGCUGACGCUGAGCGAGAUUUACCAGUGGAUCAUGGACCUGUUCCCUUUCUACCGGCAGAACCAGCAGCGCUGGCAGAACUCCAUACGGCACUCGCUCUCCUUCAACGACUGCUUCCUCAAGGUGCCGCGCUCGCCGGACAAGCCGGGCAAAGGCUCCUUCUGGACUCUGCACCCGGACUCGGGCAACAUGUUCGAGAACGGCUGCUACCUGCGGCGCCAGAAGCGCUUCAAGUGUGACAAGCCGCCGGGCUCCAAACAGCAACAGCAGCAGAAUCAGGGCGCCUCGCCUGCCUCGUCGGGGGCAGCCCCGUCGCAAAGCAAGAAGGCGGCCUCGCAGGCGCCGCAGGAACGCGACCUGCCCAACGGGGCUCCGGAAUCGCCGCACUCCAGCGCCUCUCCUUGCCAUGAGCACAAGCGCGCCCUGGCCGACCUGAAGGGCCACCCGGAGCCCGCCCCGUCGCCGGCGCAGCAGCAGCAGCACCUGCUGGCGCAGCAUCACGCCCACGCGGGGCUCUCCCACGAAGCGCACCUCAAGGCGGAGCACCAUUACGCCUUCAACCACCCCUUCUCCAUCACCAACCUGAUGUCCUCCACAGAGCAGCAGCAGCAGCAGCAACAGCACUCCCACCACCCGCACCACCAGCACCACCCACACCCGCACCACCCACACCACCCGCACCACAAAAUGGACCUCAAAGCCUACGAGCAGGUGAUGCACUACAGCAGCUACGGCUCGCCGGUGCCCGGCAGCCUGGCCAUGAGCUCCGUCACGAACAAAAGCGCCCUGGAGGCCUCGCCCUUGGCCGGAGACGCCUCCUAUUACCAAGGGGUCUACUCCAGGCCCAUCAUGAACUCUUCCUAAAGGGCACCCCACCCUUCCGCUCUGCCCACCCCCUAAGGGCCAAUGCCCUCUUUCUCUCCCCAGGACAAACCCGAGACUUCUCUGGACAGGAGGAGAUUUGAGAUACAUGUAGACUUUGGAAAGAAUCCAAACGGUGCCCAAAGCCAGGUCCGUUUAUCCCACGGCGUUGCCUCCCGAUCCCAAUCCAUAUCCAAAGGACUAAAACAAUCCGGCGGCCUCCACCCACUGCCUGGGAGCUCCGGCGCCUUUCUACCAACUAAAGAUUCUCUAGCCCUAUUUUUUAAAAGAAAAAGACAACUUUCUAUGAGGAGCGCAAGGACCCCACUUCUCCCGCGCACCACUUUUGGCAAAGAAUCCUGGACUUCGCGCCCUGCUCCUAGUUUAGAAAAGGCUCCCGUUAUAUUUAAUCGACGUUUGCUGUUGUGUAAUUUAAAGCUCCUUUUUCUUCUACUCUUUUCUCGCCGGCGUCGGGAAAACAGGAUUGAUCUCCAACAACCGUGGGCCGUGGAAAACAUCCAUUUCCGCGGGCUUCGGCUCUUCACCACCGUCACCUUUCUUCAGACACCGAUUUAAAUUUUAUUUGAGUUGGAGGUUUCCUUUUAGGAGCCUCCUUGUCUGUUUCUUUAUUUUGUUUGUUGCGGGGAGUUAUAAAUAUAUCUAUUUUUGGGUGUGAAAGUGACACAGAAAUAAGUGUGUGUGUGAACCGGUGUUAGAUUUCAAAACUGAGGAUCAAAAAGACUGUAGCGUUGUGAACUCGGGGGAGGGGGGUACCCAAAAAUGGACUUUAGAUUGUAACUUGACACAGGAAGUUUUGAUGUUACCGGGAGAGUAAACGACUCCGAUCGAAUUAAUUUAUCGUUUUUGUACGCUUUAUUUAUGGUUUAUAGAUGUGUAUUCUGGUACAGACCGACCAAAUUCUCACAAACCAUAUAUUAAAUUGCUGUUGGAGAUUCCCACCCCCUUUCUUAAUUUAAACAAUAAUACCUGUCUGUUAUUUUCUAGCAUAAUGCAAAGAGAUGCGGGAAAGAUAAUGAACUAAUUUUAGCUCUUGAUAUUGCUUGCCAAUGAGCUUACUGGGCUUAAAGUAGGGUGCCCCCCCCCAAGAUGGCCUGUAUGAAUAACAUGCAUAUUUAAAAUGCACAUAUGAACCUGGAGUAUCAUGUUUCAUACAUCAUCACAUCUUGUUGGCAAGAUUCCACGUUCGAAUCUAAACUGUGAAUAAGACUGCAACUUUACUCCCAAAUAUACACUUUAUUCUCAAGUAAAUACAGAGCUGAAUCUAUGGUAAAUCUUUGCCUGAUAUUCACUAGAUUCCCAAGCAAUUUGGUUUCAGACUCCCAACUGUUUAGCAAAAUUACUUCCCCCUCUCGACCAAAGUAAACUGCUGAAAUGAAGGGGGUUGGGGGGUUGUUUUGGGGUUUGUGAAAGGGCUGUGAGCUCAACUCAGUUCUGAUACUGCAGACGAACUCCUAGGCUCAGAAUGGGCUCAGAGGCACCUUGGCCUUUCAUUCUCACGGUAUGCCUUUAGGAACUAGAAUCUGGUUGGUAGAUCUUGGGAUUCUAGUAAAAAGCAAAAUAGAUCAGUAAAGCCUAAAGUCUGCCAACUCCCUGAGCUGCAGCCCAUGGAAGUCCUAGGACAAGUCGGACUGAACUCAAUAGGGACUUCCUUGUCCGCAGAGGUUGGGCAAAAAAAAAUACUCCACCAUUGUAAUGGGUUGGACUAGAUGACCCACGUGGUCCCUUCCAACUCUACAAUGCUAUGAUUCUGUGAUUGGGUUGUUAGGCUCUCAGUCGAGGCCUAUAUAUAGAUGCUGCCUAUUCUAUAUAUGUACAUUAUUGCUUUGCCUACUUGACUUUAAAUAUUGCUUUGUUUAUUUGAUCCUGUGAACAUUACUUGAUAGGAAAGCCCAUGGGCUCGCACCAGUUAUACCGUACUUGCCUAGACAUCCCCGCUGACUCCAGUCCAUGACUAGGAUUGCAACCUCUGUUAAAAGGGGUACAGUAUUCUCAACAUCUGGGCACCAUGCUAAUAGUGGAGUCAUUUAAAUAAUAGCACAGUAUUCAGCCAAAGUAUUUUUAUGACUCAUUGAUUUCACUUAUAAUGUUAACCGCACAUCUCUCUCAUUCAAUCUCUGGCCUUAAAAGUGCUUCAUCUUUGACUGUACCUAACAUUCAGCCUUGCCUUCCACACAAUCACAGCCAAUAUAGCAACCCUGUAGUACAACUACUAUUAACUCCACAUUAUCAUACUCCACGCGGGAAGAGCAGAAACCAUUGAUUUCAAUGGGUCUACUCUGAGUAUGAUGAACGUUGACUACGAUAUCACCCACUGAGACUACUCUUGCCUUUCUUAAUGAACUGAGUGUGGCUUGGGAGAACCUUUCUCUGCAUCAGAGAACGCGCGUGAAGCCUCAAGUGCCUGGUGGAAACCAAAACGGACGCGCGGUUGGGUUAAGAGUUUCGGGACUUUUAAAACAAAUUGGUUAGAUAGAUUCGAAUUUUAGCUUCUUUUUAUUUUCUUUAAAGAUUUGGGUUCUAGCUUGCUUGAAACGCAGUUCGCAAGAAGGAAGGCUUUAACCUAAUGCUGGGCAAUUCGGAAGUUGUUUGAAAGCUCGAUGCUCCUAUAUUCCUCCUCUUCUGUCAGCCCUCCAGAGCCGUAUUCACUGAGAAGGCCUGCCUUUCUCUGCCUGCCUGUCUUCUUCCUCUGAGUUGUCUUUGGAUAAACUUCGGGGCUCCUCUUUGGAGACUCUUAGCAACGGGAAAACAGGGAUGAGUAGAUGGGAUUCCAAUCAAUCCCCAUCUCGCUCAUGUAGAAAUCUGCGCACAACACACACGCAACAGUGACAACAUACACACACACGAGAGGCCUUGCCUAUGGCAGGAGCUGGCAGAAGGGGAAGCGGAGUUACCGGUACGAGCUUCCUUUCGCUUGCCAAGUCCAAAUGAAACUCCGUCGGCAUAGUGGAUUUUCUCGACUGACUACAAGCACUCUCGCCUACUCCUGUGGUGGACGGUGGUGGAUCUCCAACUAGUUCUUCAAAAGCAGCCAGCUAUAUGCUUCCCUUUCACACCGUUCCUGAAAACAGUUGAAAACGGUAAGUUUAACUUCAGAGUAUUGUAAGAAUUUCAUUGAUUUUCAGUGAAACUGAUGUGCAUCACCUUAUGCAUAUUUUACUCAGGAGUAAGGUCUUCAAUGGCUUUUGAAUAUCUUAUGAUACUUACUUGGAAGUAAGACCUAUUGAAUUGCGGAGGACUUACUUCUGAGUACGUGCGCUACGUGUUACGCCGCACCUCUAGCCGCGCUGCAGCGCCAUUGCUCAGCAUGAAGACAUUUGAUGCUAGCUAGUUACCCCCUAGGAAGGGUAUUUUUGUGUUGGCCUUUCGAGAGCAUAGUUUAGCAGGAUCUCAAAGACGCAGCACUGAGCCUGGUUAGGAGGAGGAAGGCUUCCAGCGAAGGCUCGCUGGAUGGGGAAUCGAUCCAAUUGGAAUAAGCGGGGCAUCCUUCCCAAGAAGCAGGUGUAGUUCCAUGGGAACUAACCUCGGUUGAAUCCCGAGGUUUCCAACUAGACUCAGAUAGAGAAGAUUGCCUGGCCACCGGAAGUCAAAGAGAACUUCGUUUCUUAUUUAUUAUUAUUUACUACAUUCAUAUGCCACCUUCUCCUCCAAGGAGCUCAAGGUGGUGACCAUGGCUCCCCCCCCCCUUUAUCCAUGCAACAACCCUGUGAGGCAGGUUAGGCUGAG